AUGUCGUUCCAGAGAAUAAGGGAUGUUUACCAGAUUCCAAGCAGAAGAGUGCAUAUAAUUGUCAAUGGUGUAGAUGAGGAUGAUUUCAGAGAAGAUUUGGAACUGGGAAAAGAGUUUAGAACCCAAAUUGGGAUUCCAAACAAUGCGAGCUUGGUUCUUGGUGUGGCUGGAAGAUUGGUUAAGGACAAAGGCCAUCCUCUGCUUUAUGAAGCAUACUCAAGGCUAAUUCGUAAGCACCCUAAUGUGUACUUGAUAGUCGCCGGCUCUGGACCAUGGGCGAAUCGCUACAAGGAUUUAGGGAGGCAAGUUCUUGUUCUAGGAUCUAUGGAUCCAUCCAUGUUAAGAGCAUUUUACAAUGCUAUUGACAUAUUUGUUAAUCCUACAUUAAGGCCCCAAGGGCUUGAUCUUACUCUAAUGGAGGCAAUGAUGAGUGGGAAGCCACUUUUGGCAUCAAGGUUUCCAAGCAUCAAAGGUACUAUUGUGGUUGAUGAUGAAUUUGGCUUUAUGUUUUCCCCCAAUGUUGAGUCCCUAUUAGAGGCACUUGAGGCAGUGGUGAAUGAAGGGAAAGAAAGGCUUGCAAGAAGGGGAAAGGCAUGCCGUGAAUAUGCAAAUUCUAUGUUCACAGCUAGAAAGAUGGCAUUAGCAUAUGAGAGGCUAUUCCUAUGCAUUAAAAAGGAUACAUUUUGUUCCUAUCCUUGACCAACUUAGAUUUGAUAGAUACUAUUCUUUUUUGUUUACUUUUGUUGUUUUUUUUCUUAAUGCUUCUUUCAUUCAGUAUUACAUGAUCACAGUACAAAUUCAAAAAUGUAUCAAUUCAUAUAUAGUUCUCAUAA